AUGUCUCCUGACAGCAACACCCUCUCCCUCCAGGCCCUUGCGGCCGCCGUCCUCCUGUCCCUUGCUCAUGGCAGCGUCCUGCGGGCGCACAGCGGGUGCCCCUUCACGACCUGGUACCGGGCGGCUGAGAACGACGGGACGCCCUCUCCAACGGUCGGGAUGGGCACGCGCGGGGACGUGUACAAAAUAGAACUCACUAUCGACCCCAACGGCCACGCCUGGUUCGAUCUCGGCGCCCUCGACCCUCGACGCUGCUUGCGAGUAGCCUGUCCAGCCCGACUGCUGGAUCACGAGGACGCUUGGAUCCACCCCCACUAG